AUGUGGAUGACUGAACAGUGGGCACAUGGGGAAGCUCACCGCUUCCACACAGACCGACGAUCUUUCUUGAUCACAUUUAUCAAAGAUGACAGUUAUUUCUUAGUAAUACAGAAAAAUAUGGGACUGAAAGUUUUAGUCACAGUUUCUUCUGAAUCUAUAAGAGUUUACUUUUUCCAGUCUCAAAACCAGGGAGUUCUAGGUUUUUGCACAUUGUGGUUGCAGCAGGAAGUUGGACUUAUUGGGACAAAAUUAUUCUUUGUAACUUGGAAGGGAUCUUUUGUUAGCGCAGAGCAGAGGCGUGCCUUAUCUCCAAACUUGACCUGCGCUCACUUGUGGAAGUGUGGCACGUGGGGUUCUGGCCCAGUGGGCACAAAUGACUUACUUGUGGAUUACAGUCAGUCUUCUCCAGAAUGA